AUGUCUCUCUUAUCGCGAAACGAAUUAUUCUCUAAAUGGUCCUCGACACUUGGAUCAGCAAGAUAUAGGCUUCUUGCUAUCAGACGACAAGAAGGAUUUGAGGAAGUGAAGCGAAAGAGAAUCAUUAUUGACAAAGAAGUAUCACGUAUACUUUAUCUCAAGUUUUGCGAAAGUGAACCAAGGAUCUCUGUUAAAUACCGUUUGAUCGAAGGAAAAAUUGAAGCCUAUGAAAUGCCUCUUGAUCCUCAUGCACUGAUACAAGGAGAAUUGUUCCACAUUAUGGGUAACUGGAGUAAUCGAUUGCGAGUCCUUGGUGAACUGGAUGUUAUCGUGGAUGCAGAAAGUGUCUAUCGUCCCGAUAUUUGUGUUCGACCGAAGAAUCGUCAUCAACCACCAUCAACACUAGCAGUUAAUUCGUCCGGAAAUCCAUAUCCUACUCUGGUGGUUGAGGUUGGCGAUACUGAAAGUUUAAACAGCUUACACAACUUGGCAGAAAAAUAUUUUUCUCAACAGACUACUAUCCAAAUUUAUUUGGCUGUCAAAUUGUACCCACGUCGCCAGGAUAAUACUUUUGCGCUUCUUGCGAUGCUUUACCUACGUAACAAUCAAAAUCCCACAACACCUGUAGUUGUUAAGUCUUUUGGAACAGCACCUCUCUCUCGUUCUUCACAAAUAUAUCUUCAAAACAUCAUACAAGCUGAAGCCAUCUCUGGUGUCGGGUUUGGAGGAGUACCUUGUGAUGGUACUAAUAUUGCUGAAUAUCAAAUAGCUAUUCCUUCUGAAUUAAUUUUUAACGACGUUGACGGUGUUGACGGUGUUGACGGUGUUCAAGGCGUACCUAAUAACUUUACUAUAGACUUAUGGAGAUUGAAGGAUGCCUAUAUUAAUAUGUAG